GGUGUUGACGAUUUUAUUACUGUCACGUGUGCCUUGAGGCGCAAACCCUCCGCUGCAGGGCAGGUGUUAUUUUCACAAACAUCUGCCGCGCUGAUGUCUCACAUUUCCUGAUCUGAAUAUGAAGAGCACCCGCCCUCAGACUUGGGCGUCCCGAGUUACUUCAACUUCUUUAUAAAAAGGACAAAUGUAGUGCAUCCAGGCUUGUGUUUCAGGGGACCUAUAAAGUCGCCAUUUACGCAAUCGCUCGUUCGUUGAUCUCGUGGAUGAGGAGGACGUCUGUUCUCGGGUCACAGUCGUGUUUCACCACCACCACCUGGGGGAAAAUUCCUCCCUUGUGGGACGGCACCGAGGGGGACGUCACGCCAUCUGUUAAUGACGCCUUUUCACGCGCACCGGGUGAUUCAGCAGGACACACGCUCAUCUGACCAACGGAAUUACGCGUUACGUGCGAGGAGCAGCUUUCUAAUCUCUGAUACAUGGGAUUACAGUUUCUCCACUGAUGGACGGGAUUUAGAGCGUGUCUGUAGUUUUUACGCACACUUUGCGCCGUUGUGCGCGCUCUCAUUUGCGCCUUUGGAGUUUGCGAGAUGAAUUCAACACUGGUUCGUUGUAUUCUCCUUUCUGGCUCCUUUGCUCUGAACAAGUGUGCGUUACGUGUGCACUCUUGUGCUAAAUGAUAAUGAACAUUUGGACACCGGAGCGCGCAACUGUACGUUGGAUUAAGAGCAAAAAAACUUUCCACCUGUUGAUUCCCGCUGGACGCCGUCGACUGGGAUGGAGGAUGCCCUGAGACCCAGACUGUGUUUCCUGACCAAGGCACAUGACGGCUAUGGGUUUCACCUGCACGGACAGCGCAAUAAGGGAGGACAGUUCAUCCGCAAAGUGGAGCCCGGGUCCUCCGCUGACUUGGCCGGGCUGCGAGCAGGAGACCGGGUGGUGGAGGUGAACGGGGAGAACGUGGAGAACGAGACCCAUCAUCAAGUGGUGAGCCGCAUCCGCGAGGUGCCUCACCGCACCAGGAUGCUGGUGGUGGACAAGGACACGGACGACUACCUGUGCAGCCGCGGCCUGGCCUGCACCGAGGACAUGGCCGUUGAGAUGGGAACCCUGUCCCCGCGCGCCCCUUCCAGGCCUGCGCUCAGCACCUGCCGCGUAAAAGCGGGGAAUCUGCUCCUGUCGCCCAAAAGAACCCACGCCUCCCCGUUUCAAGGUCCCGGUGCAGAAUCGCCCGUUCACGUAAUGAUACGAGACAAGGGCAAGAGAUGCUCAGUGGCAUCGAGCACCGCAACCGACCCAGAGCUGCAGGUGGAGGCCUCACCGGAGCCGCCGGCUGAGCUCCUCCCUCGUCUGUGUCACCUGGUGAAGGCGGAGCAGAGCUAUGGCUUCAACCUGCACAACGAUAAGACAAACGGCGGACAGUUCAUUCAGUCCGUGGAUCCCGGCUCACCCGCUGAGAGCGCAGACAUACGGCCUGGAGACAGGCUAGUGGAGGUGAAUGGAGUGAACAUAGACGGUCUGAGGCACUCGGAGGUGGUGGCCCUCAUCAGGGCGGGGGGAGAGGCAGUACGUCUGCUGGUGGUUGACCAGGAGACAGAUGAGUUUUUCCACAGAGUGGGGACCCCGCCCUCCACCAGCCACGUCAAAGAGGUCUAUGUUAAUGGAUCGGCAACAGGAAGAGCCCGCCCCACCCCCUCCCCCACCACAGACAUCCCCACCGUGAACCCACCAACCAUUAACGUCACGCUGUCAGCAUCCCCAACCCUGUACCCCCCUUCGAAGUCCCGGGGCACUGGGAGCUCAGCAUCCCAGUCCUCCCGAGGUUCCACCACCCUGUCAGAUAUCAGCUCCGACAUGAGCAUCCAUCUAAGAGAGGCCACUGAUGAGGAUGACACGCGUGUCUCUGACUCUGCGAUGGACAGCAGCCUGCGUCUGAGUCCUACAGCCGCUGAGGCUAAACAGAAGGUCCACGCCCACCGCUGGAAGAAGAGAGCGCCUCCGAUGGACUGGAGCAAGAAGCAGGAGAUCUUCAGCAACUUCUGACAGCAGAAUGCAAUGAUUCACUAUUUGUGAGGAUAAUCACUUUAGAAAAAAUAGAGCUAUUAUUAUUCUUAUAGAAGACUAAGAUACCUCCAGCAGACAACUACAAGGCAGGUAGCAACGUCCAUAAACCUUUCAGUGAGAACUACAUAGUAAGAUAUCAAGUAUGUGCUGUUAACACAUCCUGCACUAAACAAGGCAAUAAAUGACUGGCAGCCCAUUUA